CUUUCUGCCUCUGUCUCUUCCCCUCCGACUUUUCUUCUUUCCCUCCUGUCACCCAACCAGCCCAGGGAGCCCGACCCAGGGCCAGCAGCGAAGCUAGAGGCUGCUCUGCACUCGGCUGCCGCAGGUCGGUGUCAUUGCCAAGACCUACAUUGAUCAAGGGCAGCUUAUUCCAGAUGACCUCAUGACACGGCUGAUGUUGAAUGAGCUGAAAAAUCUACACCGGUACCACUGGCUGCUGGAUGUUUUAGUUUUCCUUAAAGGUUUUCCCAGAACAGUUCCACAGGCAGAGGCUCUGGAUGAAACAUGUCAGAUAGAUACUGUGAUUAACUUGGAUGUGCCAUUUGAGACCAUUAAACAACGGCUCACUGCACGCUGGAUCCAUCCUGGUAGUGGCAGAGUCUACAAUCUUGAAUUCAAUCCUCCCAAAGAUGUUGGCCUUGAUGAUAUUACCAGAGAGCCACUUGUUCAGCGUGAUGAUGAUAAGCCAGAGACUGUUACCAAGAGACUGAAGGCUUAUGAGGCACAGACAAAGCCUGUUCUGGACUAUUAUCGGAAGAAAGGUGUACUGGAAUCUUUCUCUGGAACAGAAACCAACAAUAUCUGGCCAAUGGUGCAUGCUUUCCUACAAACCAAAUUACCAGAAGUGAGCCAGGAGGAAGCUCCCCCACACAGAUGAAGUUGGAUCUUUUUUGAUAAGCACAAGCUACCGGCUGUCUCCAUUUUCAGAGUGAUUCUGUCCAGAAUGUUAGAAACUUGCAAAAAAUCAUGGUUUUGUUUUACAUGCCAAAUGGAUCAGUAGCUAAGACCUAAUUUCAAAUCGUCACCUCAGCUUUUCAACUUUGUGCAUUCAGAUUUCGCUUCUCUACUAAUUUUAAAGCUGUAUUUUUAUAUUAAAUUUACCUAAUUCUUGUAAAAUAGUGACCAAUUGUAAUAAAAGCAACUAAAGUUAUGUCUGCAUUUGCCAAAAACAAAAGUCAGCAUCCUUUUUCUGAAAUGCUUAGGUGGAUUUUUAGAAAAAUGAAUUUGAGUAAAGGCACGCACAUUUCUUUCAACAUACAUUAAGCAAGAUAGCUUAUAAAAACUCAUGAGCAGAAGUGUUCAAAAUUCACAUUACAGCAAGUGUCACAACUGCUCAUGCUUACCAAGCAUCUUUCAGCAAAUGUAGAACAAUGCAUAUUUAUACUGUACUUACUAUACUGUAGAAAAGAUGCCUUUAGCUAGAUACUGUGGAUACCAAAGUCAUGUAGCGAAAGUGGUGCAGCUGGAGGUUGAGUAAGGAAAACAAUGAACUUUCUCACUGAGAGCUGGUUACGGUUCAAACUCUUGUACUUGUUCGUAGGAUUAGGUUGUCUUGAUAGCCCCACUCUUCCAAACUGGAUCAUUGUCACAAGGUAAAUCACACACUGAUAAAAUCUGAAGAUCCCAGUAUCAGUUGUUUCACCAGUAACAGUAACCUAAUCCACCGUUCUGCCCCCAUGGAAUUAAUUCAACAGGCAAUGGAAAACUGAAACCUUGCUUAUGAUCAUGGUAAGGAUCUUGUACCUCACCUGGUGAGCUUUCACAAAAUGGCUUAGGCAAAUUGUGACCAGUCACUUUGAACAGUGCAGAAAAUUCAUCUGGAAAACUUAAUCCAAAAACCCAUUCAAUGAAAGGGAAAAAAAAACUUGACAGCUGUAUGAGAUUGAGGCACAUGAGUGCAGAGCAUACCAGACUUAAUAUUCAAAGCCAUGAAUUUGCAAUAUGAGGUCAAGAAAAAGGCCAAGAUAACUUUGGCUACAUUCCUAGCCCACAAGGAGAUAAUUCUCUGUAAGGAUCUGUUCCCUUUAUUAGCAGAGAGGUAAAAUGAGAGUUCAGGAGAGCUACUGAAUUACAAGGGAAGAAAGUAGGGCCAGAUCCACAAAGGCACAUGGGCUCCUGACUUCCACUGAAAUCAAUGGAAAUUAAGAGUAGCAGUGCCUUUCUGGGGCUGGCCCUAGAUUUUACACAUCUAGUUGGACUACUCCAGCAGUAGCAGCAUGUAGAUCUACUUGCCUGAAGGAAGAUUAAUCAUUUGGGCUUGUACUCCUAGGAGUAAUGGAAUGUAAUUCAGAAGAGUCAAGUUUAGAAUGAAAAAUUUGCUCCUAAGAUCAAUGAGGCUAUAGCCUGGCCUCUUACUUAACGUAAGAAGCCACCCUUAUUUGAGAAGCUUGAUUAGAAAAAGCACUAGAAAGCAUGCUAAAUAAAAUGGAUUAGAGAUCUUAUUUUCAUGAAUACAGUGAAUCCGGAAUAUUGACACUAUACAAUAGUCAAUAAGAGGCUCUGGUCAUCUUAAAAUUUCAGUCACACGCAGCACUACAAUAAAAAUGUUUUAUUACAGAAAAUUAAAGUCUCAUUUCCAAAGCAGUGGGGGAGAAUCCUGCCACAAGGGUAUUCAAGGUUCUUUGAUUAAACAUGUUAGCUUGACAAAUCAUAGCUAUCUUGAAGCCUUUAUUUAUCCACAUUUAAAAGUUACAAAACUUACCUUUUUGCUAUUUCACUCCACUAAGUUACAACAUUAACAAAAUUCUGACUAUCUAGUUGCACCUAGAAGAGUCCCACUGGAAACAAAACCACAUUUGGUGUGGUAGAGUGUAACUUUAAUCCUCAGUUAAUGAGGUUAUAGAGCAGAGAUUAAAACAAUAGGGUAAUAGUCUCUCCCGUAAGAUUAAUAGAGAUGCGUACAUUGCAUAUUUUGGUGGUAGGGAACCAGCCUCAUUCCCAUUUGACACUGGACUGAGGUCAACAGCCCUCUGUAAGCUUGGCUCUUUCAAAUACCAAGCAGUCCAGAUUUUUGUAGCUACUGCUAGUCUUUACAAGGAACUCUCAUACCCAUUUUUUCAGCUUUACAGACUCUGUUGAUUUCAUUUCCCUCAAUCCCACUUCUUCAGAAACUGGUCAGCAAGCUCUAGGAACAGAAAUCAAUGUAAUCAUCACAUCCAGAUAGUUAAACUUUAUGAAACUGGUGUAACUGGCAGCAGACCAUGCUGCUGAGAGCAUCACUCCUCUCUGGUAUUGAUCUAUCAAACAGGUCAUCUACUAGUAGUACCAACACAGUUAAAAUACUUUACAGUAGGAUUUUUACUCCAAAGUAUUAACAUCACCAGUAUUGACACAUUCCAAGAAAAGCAUCUGAGGAAUUUGGAAAGCUUUUCAUUUGUGGUAAGUGUAAGGCUGUUGAGGUAGGUACUGUUCAGUUUGGGUCCUUUUCUUAA